UGAUUUGUAAGUUUACCCGUCCUAGUCAACAGAGGGGGCACCUCAGCCAGCCAACGCUGGCUUUAAUCUAGCUAGAAGCAGCGAAAGCAGCUAUUUGAAAAAUCACUGGGUUCUGAGUUCAUUACUACAGGAAAACUGUUCUCUCCUGGGGCACAGAGAACUUACUUCGGAGCAGCCCUACCAGCUCGGAAGUCCGGCCGGAUAAAACGCAUCGUGGAGGAUAAUGGCUACCUAUGUCCUGCAAAUCGCCGGACUGGUGCUUGGUGGUGUAGGCAUGGUGGGCACAGUGGCUGUCACCAUCAUGCCUCAGUGGAGAGUGUCUGCCUUCAUUGAAAGCAACAUUGUGGUUUUUGAAAACCUCUGGGAAGGGCUGUGGAUGAGUUGCAUGAGGCACGCUAAUAUCAGAAUGCAGUGCAAAGUCUAUGAUUCCCUGCUGGCUCUCUCUCCGGACCUGCAGGCAUCCAGGGGACUCAUGUGUACUGCUUGUGUGCUGGCCUUCCUGGCUUUCAUGACGGCCAUCCUUGGCAUGAAGUGUACCAGGUGCACCGGGGACGACGAGAAGGUGAAGGGUUACAUCCUGCUCACGGCUGGAAUCAUCUUCAUCAUCACAGGCAUGAUGGUGCUCAUCCCUGUGAGCUGGGUUGCCAAUUCCAUCAUCAGAGAUUUCUACAACCCCAUAGUGGAAGUUGCCCAGAAACGUGAGCUUGGAGAAGCCCUCUAUAUAGGCUGGACCACGGCGCUGAUGCUGAUUGUUGGCGGGGCACUCUUCUGUUGUGUUUCUUGUUGCAAUGAAAAGAGCAGUAGCUACAGAUACUCUGUACCUUCCCAUCGCACAACCCAAAAAAGCUAUCACGUGGAGAAGAAGUCACCGAGCGUGUACUCCAGAAGUCAGUAUGUGUAGUUGCGUAUAUUUUUUAACUUUACCUACAAAGCCAUGCAGGUGACUAAAAUGUCCACUAUUUUCUACAAAUGGAACACAAAGGAACAUUGAUUUGCUGUUCUUAACUGCUCAACAUUAAUCACCGGAACGGUGCAUGAGCUAUUUAUGAUUCUAUAAGCUGUUUCAGCAGAAUGAGAUAUUCCACAGCCUGCUUUGAUUAUUCUAAGAAGUACAGUAAUUUGUUUUCUGAAAUGGUUCAUGCAUCUUUUCUUUUUAUCGGUUACUUCAAAAUGACAUUGUUAAAGACUAUUAUUUUACGACUGUGAUUUCUCUAUGACAUGGCAUUUCUUAUGUAGAUGAGAGUGACGUUUGUAUCUCACAUAAAUAGAGACAGGCUUAUGUGGUUCUAUUUUAAAUGAAAUACUGAUCCAUUAAACUGAAUAAAUAGAAUUCAACUAUUGCUUUCCUGGGGAAUUGGGGAUAAGAUUGAAGAAGGUUAAUAUUAAUUGUUUAAAAAUGGCUUAGUGAUUAAUGCACUUGAUUUAUAAUGAAGGUUAAAAUUAAGGCUUUAAUCAGCAGUGUAAAGGAAAUUAAUUGACUUUCUGAUAUCCUAUUUUUUAGCCUAAGAGUUAGAAAUUCUAACUCCUUUAUCCUCUUUCCCCAGAGACCUUCCUUUUCUUGUAUAUUAAAUUAACAUCUUUUAAAAGGCAGACAUUUGUCAAGGGGCUUUGCAUUCCAACUGCUUUUCCAGAGCUGUACUAAGAAGAAAGAUAAAACUGCGGUCUAAGAAACAUGAAAGACCUCAGGAAAGGGAAAUUUUCUUUCCUCUUAAGUUUCUGUGGUUGGAGAAGGAUGCAUUUUGACAAGAAAUCAUACAUAUAUAUGUGAAUAUUUUAAUAACUAUUUGAAUACUGACUUUGGACUUUUAUCAACAUAAAUAACAGAACAGAAAAAUCAUAUGUCUUGGUUUUUAUUUGCUUACCAAAGAACAACCAAAAAAACUGUGCUUUGUGAACUCCAUCUGCUCCUAUGUGCGUACCUAAGUCAAAAUUGUCAUCUCAGUCCUGCCAAAGAUAAAUUUUUUACCUGUUCCAUUUUUGUUUGCUUUUACUAAGGUACAGAAAUACCAUAUCUUUUUGUUUUCCCCAAAUUUGAUGCAACCGAUAAUCCAAUUUGCAAGUUUGUAUCUAUAUUUUUCUGGUUUAAAUGACUGUGUGUCAUCUGCUGUAUGUUCUUUAUAUAAUAAUUUGUGCCUUUUUAUAUUAAUUUGACAUUCGUUCAUUAUUCUCCAUUUUUUCUGUUUUAUUAUCUUGUAAAUACUUUUUAAAAACUGAUAUUUUCAGCUCUGCAAUUUUAGAAAGAAUAUCAAGCCCACAGUUUAAAGAUAAAGGUAGAUUCAGCAUUAAUUUUUGAGAAUAUAAAAUACUCUAAAUCAUUUAACAACAGCAUGCUUUAUAAUCAUUGGAUUCGCAUGCUGCUAUUUGGUGCACAUAUUUAUAAUUUAUUAAGAUAAUAUUAUGGAUUCAAACAAACCUAUAUAGUGUAAAUAUUAUGUAUGUAAUAGACAUUUCUGUAAAGACUUUCCAUAGCUAAAUAUGUCUCUACCUCUGAGAAAUAGUAUUAAUUAAUAAUAGUGGCUAACGUUUUGGGAGUACCUAUUAUGUGCUGGGAACUCUACUGCUUUAUAUGAAUUAUAUCAUUAAAUCUUUUAUGAGA